CCAAACCACAAGGUAGUAAAGAACCUCGGUUUGAAGGGGAGCUGUAUAACCGAGUAGAUAAGUUAUUCGACUUUUCUCCGAACAAGCAAAGAUAUCAACAACUUGUGAAGGAUUAUCGGUUGGAACUCGCGGGUUUAUCACCAGGAGUACUUGAUUAUGUGUUUCAGCCGG